UUUCUGUAACUCACGCGGCGAGCACAGGGCUUCGAGCUUUCCCUUCGUCGGCAGCAGCGACGACGACGUUCACUCUGAGGUCUCGAAUAUGGACUUCGACCGUAAAUCCGCAGUUUCCUCGUUCUACGGCGCUCCCGGGCGGCGGAGCGUGGACGCCCUGAACGCGGACUUCCCAGCGCCAGGCCAGGAGCGCGCACGCCGGGACUCCUCGUCGUCGUUCUUCAACCCAAACUACGGUGCUCGGCCUACGCCCAGUGCCGGAUACAAUCGCAGCUCGUAUUUCCAUCCCGGGAGGGAGGAGCCCGUGAAGGGCGGAUUGCACGACGAGGAGGAGGCGUUGGCAGGGCCAGCUGAUAGCUGGGAUGUGUACGCAGACUUUAACAAUGCGGGCCCGCGGUACAGCGCGGCAUUUGUUAGCAACAAUAGCUCAGGCUACCGGGAGAUACCCGCCUCCACGCCAAAGUACGAGGAGGAUCUCGCCACGCCUGCCACAAACGGACCUGUGGAGAUGGUCACCGUACCCGCACUCGGUCCGGAAUGGAAGAAGGACGAGCUGAAGGCGAUGACGAAGACCGGCAAGCGCGAAAGGAAGGCGGAGAGCAGAAAGCAGUUUUGGAAAGACUGGAACCGCGGCGAGCGGGGGCUCUGCGGGCCCUACUUCACGCGCCGGUUCACUGCGUUCUUUAUGUUCGGGCUAUGUUGCGCCAUCGCUCUUGUGCUUGCAUUCACCAUCCCCCGUGUCCCCUCCUUUGCUUUCAACUCCGACGAACCCCUCCUCAACGCCACCUCGCCCUUCAACGAGACCGUGCCCACCAUCUUCUCGCGCGCGCCCGCAAACUUCUCAUUCCCCUCGCUCGUUGACCUUCAAGCGAACACGGGCAGCAAUUUCCUGCCGCUGACGUUUACGAAGCUCAGCGGGCAGGUGUUCGACCUGGACACGGGCAUGCUGGUCGGCACCGGGAGCUUGGGGCACACGACUGUGCCAGCAAAGGCGUUCCCCGAGAUCAAGCUGCCGAUGAAUUUCACGUAUGUCGCGACUAACGACUCCGACAUCACAUGGAAUAAUUGGUACAACGCGUGCAAAAACACCGCUCUCUAUGCCAACGGCACGCGGCCAGGGUUGAAAUUCCGCCUCGUCCUCGACAUGAACAUCUUCGGCCUCGCGUCGCACCCAACAGCCUCAACACAGAUAACGGAUGCACCCUGUCCGAUUGAGCUGCCGCAAAAUUCUGUGUGAUUUCAGGCUAUCGCUGAAGUUCAUCAGGCGUAUAUUUUCUUCGAUCUGGACUUUCGAGACGCAGACCCGCGUACGGACUACUAGGAGACGAGCUUGCAUAUGUAUUCUUUCAGAGCCUGCAUUCUGGACUUAUCGCUGUCACGUUCCUAUACUUGCUACCAGUGCACAUCCGCUCAUUAUAAUUCGAGUUAAUUUUAUUCUCUGCAUUUUCCUCGGACGAUGUGUGAUAUGCUCGGCUGCAAGGACUACG